AUGCGCUUCCUCUCUGGGAAUACUAUGUCACAUUACUCCACAAAUUUCCUAUUACUUCCCAUCCCUGAAUAUCCUGUCCUGGACUGCGCAGCCAACAAAGUCAUCAAGCUCGUUGUGUUGGGUGGCAGCGGCGUUGGUAAAACGGCCCUAAUUGUACGCUUCCUCACCAAGCGAUUUAUUGGAGACUAUGAAGCCAAUACCGGUGCAUUGUAUUCCAGGAAAUUCACCAUCGAUGGAGAGCAGCUCACUUUGCAAGUUCAGGAUACACCCUUCGUUUCACUGGAGGACGAGAAUGACACUAUCUGCUGCCAGGAACAAAUAAACCGGUCCAUCUACUGGGCAGAUGGUUUUGUGCUUGUCUAUUCCAUCACGGACCAUGCCAGCUACCGCACCAUCCGCCCCUUGCACCAGCAUAUCCGGAAGAUCCACCCCAAUGCCAAUAUCCCUCUGCUCCUCAUGGCCAAUAAAGGAGACCUGCUGCGAGCCAGGCAGGUGUCUGUGAAAGAAGGCCUCCAGCUGGCAAACGAGCUGGGCUGCACUAACUGCGAGUUGUCUGCGCGGGAGAACUUUGAGGAGGUUCACGAAGCCUUUAAGCAGCUUUGCCAAGAGAUGAGCAGGAUGACGGGGAGCUGCAAUGGCGAGAAACGCAGAGGGCUCCAUCUUGUUCGGCCCAAGUCCCCCAACAUGCAGGAUCUGAAAAGGCGGCUAAAGCAGGCCUUGUCUUCCAAGGGGAGAGCUGCCACGACACUCUGAUGUAUCUCAGAGUAGCAAGCCUGGCCUGGGCCUUAAGAGGAGAGAUAAGACAAUGGGAUAUUUAUAUCUAUUUAUGGCAUUCGUUUGCCAGCAUCUUUUGUACGAAAGAAUCCCUUCAUGACAAGGUGAUAUUGGAUGGCAAGCUUUCAGAGCUGCGCCUUUUGUGUAGAAAUUGUCACCGAGACCAAUGGCAUCUUAAAGACAGGUUCUUCAUCCAUGCCAUGAGCUUAGCUUCCCAACUAGCAUGACAUGCAGCCAUGCCAGUCAAUCAGCCUUGCUCCUCCCCCAUGUUUCAGGAAGGCAGUCUAUCUGUACUCCCUCAUUUUGCAGUGCCACGUACAUGUUUCUUCAAUCAAACAACACCUGCCCACGUAUUAAACAGAGUUGCAAAACUGAUGCAGAGGUGGGAGGGGAGGUUGUUGACUGCAGCAGCACCAGCCAACACACACCCUUCACCAUACUGAAAACCUGCACAACUAGGUUUUUAAGAGCUUACCUUAGAACAGAAAAGUACCAAAUCUCGCCCCUACUGCACUGGCACAUUUGAGAAAAAUAGUUCUCGUUUUAUCUAGGAUGGUACUAAAGAUUGGACUGAAUGACUUGCUUAGCAGUGUGAUCUAACAUGGAAGCAUAUGAUCAGGGGUCAGCAAACCUUUUCAGCAGGGGGCCGGUCCACUGUCCGUCAGACCUUGUGGGGGACCGGACUAUAUUUUGAAAAAAAUGAAUGAAUGAAUUCCUAUGCCCCACAAAUAACCCAGAGAUGCAUUUUAAAUAAAAGGACACAUUCUACUCAUGUAAAAACACGCUGAGUCCCGGACCACCCGCGGGCUGGAUUUAGAAGGCAAUUGGGCCGGAUCCGGCCCCCGGGCCUUAGUUUGCCUACCCAUGCAUAUGAUGAACCAGAAUUUGACAGUGCCCAAUAGGCCUAUUCCAACUCAUAGUUAAUUGUGCUUAAGUGCAUAAUGCCACUAUAAAAUAGUUAAGACAAUGUGUGCUUAGCUCUGUAUUGGAUUCUGGGCAUUUUGCGUACACUUAAUGUCAAGUAAGCAGGUGGUGCUGUGGGUUAAACCACAGAGCCUAGGGCUUGCUGAUCAGAAGGUUGGCGGUUUGAAUCCCUGUGAUGGGGUGAGCUCCCAUUGCUCGGUCCCAGCUCCUGCCAACCUAGCAGUUCGAAAGCACGUCAAAGUCCAAGUAGAUAAAUAGGUACCACUACAGCGGGAAGGUAAACAGCAUUUCCAUGUGCUGCUCUGGUUCGCCAGAAGCAGCUUUGUCAUGCUGGCCACAUGACCUGGAAGCUGUACACCAGUUCCCUCGGCCUACAAAUGAGCGCCGCAACCCCAGAGUUGGUCACAACUGGACCUAAUGGUCAGGGGUCCCUUUACCUAAUGCCAAUUUAAAGGAACAUCUGCCUUGCCCCAACUGCAAUUGCCACAUCAUAGAAUUGUAGGGACCCCACCAUCUACAUGAAGUAGCUACAAAAGGUUUAUUAAAUGGGUGAAACUAUAUGUUUGAUUUUCACAGUGCUGCAAGUAUACACAACCAAGUUUGCUGGCCUAAUUCAGCCUUCUCCAACCAACCUGGUGCCCUCUAGUUUUUGGUUACAACUCCCAUCACUCCCAGCCAGCACCGUGGCCUUGACUGAUAUGAAUAUAUCUAAAGGGCACCAAAUUGAGGGAGGCUAAUCUGUACUGGACUCACCACUCUUAUUUUGCCAUGCAGAGCUGGGCUGAAAUUUUCAGUUGGGCUGAAUUUAGAAUAAAAUGAAGAGCUGUGGUCAGCUUUCUCCCUCUCCCAGAGAAAGAGGGCCAUUUUGCUUAACAUUCUCUGCCAUUCCUGCCAUUUGUAGGAUACAAAAAUGGCCCCCAGAUUGCCAACACAGGAAUUCUGUUGUUGCUACUUGUGUUAGCACAGGCUUCCUCAACCUCGGCCCUCCAGAUGUUUUUGGCCUACAACUCCCAUGAUACCUAGCUAGCAGGACCAGUGGUCAGGGAUGAUGGGAAUUGUAGUCUCAAAACAUCUGGAGGGCCGAAGUUGAGGAAGCCUGUGUUAGCAGCAGCAAAAACCAAAACACUUAUAAAAAAGAAAGAGUCCUCAAUCGUGCCACUGCUAAUCAUGAGGUCUUAUCCCCCAGUGCCCCUGAAACUGUUGGGGAAUUUUCCACCUCACUUCUAAUAAUAUUUAGAGAAAUAUCCCACUUACCCUAGUUUUGCCACCUGAAAACAAGAUGAAGAAUUUGGGAGGCCAGUUUUGCUCAGUAUUCAAGUUAUCUCACCAGCCCACUACAACCCCAAAGGCUCGUUCCUGGUUUGUUACCACCAACAUGCCAAGGAUGUAUAUAUGUGAAAUGAAGGUUUUUUGUAGGGUUUUUUUUGCCUCAACAUGCAUCACUUUACACUUGUUUAUAUUGAAUUGCAUUUGCCAUUUUGCAGCCCAGUUACCAGUUCAAAAGGAGAUAUCCUUUUGAAGCUCUUUGCAAUCUCUUUUUGCUUUAACAACCCUGAACUAUUCAGUAUCAUCAGCAAACCUGGCAAUCUCACUGCUUACUCCUAACACUAGGUUGUUUAUGAAGAAGCCAGUUUGCUUUCAGUGGAAGGUAUUUGUUUGAUACAAUAUACCUGGGUCAAACUGGACAUUAUGUGUUUGAAUCUUGUUCUUCUGUUUCCUCAAAUCCAACUGCUCCUCGCUCAGUGCUUGGGCCCCUAAUUCAGUUAAGUUUGUAGAGACUGGGAAUCUUAUCCUAAACACACAUACUGCAUGGAGCCUGCGUCAACAAGACUCACAGAUUAUUCUCUUGGGAAAAGGACAGAAAAAAAGUUUAAAGUUGCUUCAUCCCCUCAACUGGACACAUGGUCUUGGCGCUAUUUUGGCACAUGCCCAAUAAAGUUCCUGUUUUAUAUCUCUCAUCUUUGCAAGUCUCUCAAUCAUCCCAUCUCCUCAGUAGGGCUGGGUGAUAUAGCAAUAUAUCGUCCAAAAGUGGUUUCAAGUCCAUAUCACAGCAUUGGCUUCAUAAUUUUUGACCUGGCAACACAUUGUGAAUCGUGAUGUCUCUCUGUGUGUAUGUGUUCUAUGCAAAAAAAACCCACAAUGUCGGGGAAACCAUGAAGCCAGCCAAGGAUUCUAUAUAGCUCUAUCCUUAUUUCAGACAUUUUGAUAUGUCAGUAUAUCGCAAUGUUUAGCUGCUGAUAUAUCACAAAAUUGGAAACCAGCUCCAUCCUUAUUUCAGACACGUGAUAUAUUGCAAUGUUUAGCUGGUGAUAUAUUGUGAUGUUGAAAACCAGAUAUCGCCCAGUCUUACCAGGGGCGUACCCAGGAUCAAAAC